CUCUUUCUGAGCGCGGAGCUCCCGCACGCCGCGGCUUCGGCCCCGCGGAGCCCCCGCUUAGUGGCAACGAGCGACACCGCGCAAUCCAGCGGGGCUGAGGGCUUCGCCUGGAGGACGCUGCGAGCGCCCGGCUCCGGCUUGAGGAGGGAUGGAGGAGGCAGGGAGGCGGCGAGGCCGUGCCUCCCCCCCUCAGGCGCUGCGGGGCCGCCAUGUCACCCCGCCGCCAGGCACCGCCCCGGGCUCGGCGGCUCGGGGCCGGCCUCCGCCGGGAGCCGGCCUCCGCCCGGGCCCCGGUGCUCACGGCGGCGGUCCUCCGGGCGCCUUUCCCAUGCUGCACCGCGGCGCGGCGGCGCUCUGUCGCUGUCACCGCCAGCAGGAGGCUGAGGGGAAGGCGCCGAUCGCGCCGCCGGAGCCGGAGCGGGAGCAGGAAGGGGCCGGAGCCGCCGCCGCCGCCAACUUCCCCUCGGCCUCCCCGCCGCCUCCCCGCGCCCCGCCAUGCCCGGGGCCUCCGCGCGGCCGCUCUGAGCCGCCCCCAGCCGCCGCCGCCGCCGCCCCGGCCCCGGCUCCGGCCCCGGCCCCGGCCCCGGCCCGCCUUCUCCUCGCAGCCCCGCGGCCGGUUAUUGCACUUAAGAAUGAACAUUGAAGACAAGCUGGGAGGAUUAUUUCUUAAAUGUGGUGGCAUAGACCAAAUGCAGUCAUCCAGGGCUAUGGUAGGGAUGGGUGCAGUAUCUGACCAGUCCGGAGUAUCGGGAGAUCGGCAAGAGGCAGUGCUUCAAGAUCGGACUAUGGCACACCAAGAAAUUCUUGCGACAGACGAAGUGUUACAGGAGAGUGAACUUCGACAGCAAGAGAUGAUUUCACAUGAUGAACUCAUGGUCCAUGAGGAGACGGUAAAAAAUGAUGAUGACAUGGAUGCGCAAGAUAGACUUCCUCAAGGGCUGCAGUAUGCUGUUAAUGUCCCUAUCCUUACAAUAAAUGAGGAUGGAUCACUUGGUCUGAAAACCCACAAAUCUCAUGUUUGUGAGCAUUGCAAUGCUGCCUUUAGAACCAACUACCAUUUACAGAGACAUGUCUUCAUUCAUACAGGUGAAAAACCAUUUCAGUGCAGUCAGUGCGACAUGCGUUUCAUACAGAAGUACCUGCUACAGAGGCAUGAGAAGAUUCAUACUGGUGAGAAGCCAUUUCGUUGUGAUGAAUGUGGUAUGAGGUUUAUUCAGAAGUAUCACAUGGAAAGGCACAAAAGAACUCACAGUGGAGAGAAGCCUUACCAGUGUGAAUAUUGUUUGCAGUAUUUCUCCAGAACUGAUCGUGUGCUGAAACAUAAACGUAUGUGCCAUGAGAACCGUGACAAGAAACCGAACAGAAGUGCCACCAAAGUUGGCUUUUUGCCAUCGGAGGAAGAUUCUGGUUUCUCUACGCCUAUGAAAGACAGCUCCUUGCCAAAGAAGAAAAGGCAGAAAACAGAGAAAACAAAAUCUGGAGAUAAGGACAGUACAGAUAAAUCUGAACAGAAGAAGGACAAAAAUGACUACUUGCCUUUGUACUCUGCUAGUACAAAAGUAAAAGAUGAAUAUAUGGUAGCGGAAUAUGCUGUUGAGAUGCCCCAUUCUUCUGUCAGCGGGACGCACUUAGAAGAAGCAAAUUCUGGAGAAAUACACCCACCCAAGCUUGUUCUCAAAAAAGUUAACAGCAAAAGAAGUCUGAAACAGCCACUUGAGCAAAGUCAAACCAUUUCACCUUUAUCUACAUAUGAAGACAGCAAGGUUUCAAAGUAUGCCUUUGAUCUUGUGGAUAAACAGAGUUUACUGGACUCUGAAGGUAAUGCUGACAUUGAUCAAGUUGACACAUUACAAGAAGGGCCCAGUAAACCUGUACACAGCAGCACUAACUACGAUGAUGCAAUGCAGUUUUUAAAGAAAAAGAGGUAUCUACAAGCAGCUAGUAACAACAGUAGAGAAUAUGCCUUGAAUGUAAGUACCAUAGCAUCUCAGCCUUCGGUAACACAGGCGGCUGUGGCAAGCGUCAUCGAUGAAACUGCUACAGCCUCCAUAUUAGACACGCAGGCACUGAAUGUUGAAAUUAAAGGUAGCCAUGACAAAAAUGUCAUUCCGGAUGAGGUACUGCAAACUCUGUUAGAUCAUUAUUCACACAAGGCUAACGGACAGCAUGAGAUAUCCUUCAGUGUGGCCGACACUGAGGUGACCUCCAGUAUAUCAAUCAAUUCAUCAGAAGUGUCUGAGGUCACCCAAUCUGAGACAGUUGGAACAAGCUCUCAGGCUUCCUCAUCAGAUAAAGCUAGUAUGUUACAGGAAUAUUCAAAGUUUUUACAACAAGCUUUGGACAGAACUAGCCAAAAUGAUGCCUAUUUGAACAACCCGAGCCUUAAUUUUGUGACUGAUAACCAGACUCUUACAACCCAGCCAGCAUUUCCUUCCAUAGAGAAGCAGGUCUACACGUCUAUCCCUGUCAAUAGCUUUCGAUCGGGAAUGAACUCUCCAUUAAGAACAACUCCAGACAAGUCUCAUUUUGGACUAAUGGUUGGUGAUUCGCAGCACCCCUUUCCCUUUUCAGGUGAUGAGGCAAAUCAUUCUUCUUCCUCCUCUACCCAGGACUUCUUGGAUCAAGUAACUUCUCAGAAGAAAGCAGAGGCACAGCCUGUUCAUCAAGCAUAUCAAAUUAGCUCCUUUGAGCAGCCCUUCAGAGCUCAGUACCAUGGGGCAAGAGCUGGAAUAUCAUCUCAGUUUAGCACUGCCAAUGGACAGGUGAACCUUCGGGGACCAGGGACAAGUGCUGAUUUCCCAGAAUUUCCCUUGGUGAAUGUAAAUGAUACCAGAGCUGGGAUGACUUCUUCGCCUGAUGCCACAACAGGCCAGACUUUUGGCUAAGAAAUCUUUGUAAAUAAUACUGGCACUUUAGAACACAUUUGUCAAAAGUGGGUUGCUCUGUAUAAGAUGGAGUUCUGUACAGCUUUUAAGAGCGCUAUGUUAAAACAAAAGUAAGCUGAUAUUAGCAAGACCAAUAACUGCUUUUUCUUUCUUUCUUUUUUUUUUUUUUUUUUAAUGUUUAGUCACCAGUCAUUGAUCUGCCUGAUAUUGUUGCCCCUAUCAAAGGCAGGUUAUUAUUCACUUGUUUGAAUCCAGUAAUUAUUUUAUCUUUUAUGAAAUUUAAAAUAAACAAAAUCCCCAGGUAAGACUUUCCCCCAUGAUUGCUUCCUUACUGGUUUCCUUGUAUGCUUUGGGAGGACAGUUUAUUGUCUGAUACUAUUCAUAUUGUCAUUUUUAAGCUUGUCAGUGUAGUCAUUGCUCUUCAGCAGGGAAUCAACGUGUAUUAAACACACAGAAUAAACUAUAAGUUUCAAAGUCAAGUAAAUAAGGCUUUAAAAGAUGGCAUUUUCUAGAAAAAUAAUCUUUCUUCCAACUCUUGUAAAAAAUAAUUUUAGACUAUAUGCCCUGUUUCUGCUUUGCAUUACCUGAGUUGUGUUUGGAGGAAAAAAACAAAACAAAACAAAACAAAAAACAAAUUCUGGUAGACUAACUCUACUAUUUAAAAGUCUAAUUAAUUUAAAAUUCUUUAAACACUUUUUAAAGCAAAAUACAUAACUGCUAAUGCCUUUACUUCAUUACUGAAGUAAUGUGUAUUUCUUUGUACAGCUGAAUCUAGAUGUAACUUUUUAAUGACUUUUUCAUACGCAGAUAUCAAGAUUUUGAAGUUUUAGUUAAAAUACUCUGUAGAUGACAUUCCCAAUUACAUAAUGCUUACACAAACUGUGUUCCAAAAUUUCAAAGUUUAAUUGUACCUUACCCUACAUAUUCGUAAUGAUUAACGUAGAGCACUUAGUUUAUUUGAUAGAUUUGAUUUCUCAAAAAAUAAAACCAUUUUAGAUUUUUAGGUUUGAUAUGGUUGCAUCAUUUUCAUCUCAUACAACUCCAGUGAUUACUUUCAGCAUACAUUGAAAUCGAAUAUUCUGAGCUUCUGUAAAAACAGUUUUAAUUCUUUGUCUAGAAUUUUGACAGUUCAGCUCAUUAAAUUUAUCAAAGUAUCCCCAAAAGCUGAAGAAGUGGGCAUUCAAAUUCCAUAUAUCUUUUUCGAGUUUGCUUGGUGAAAGUCAUUACCAUUUUACCAACCAAAACCAUUGGAUAAUAUUAGUGAACAGGAUUUCUUUUCAGCAUAGAUGAGUGAUCAGAAGUUUUCAUUGCAUUUCACAAUAUAAAUAAAACUACAAAGUUUAUCCCUGUACCAUGAAUAUGUUUUUUUGAAUAGUACUUUGUCUUGAUGUAUGCAGUAUGGUACGAUAAGUAGUUCUGUGUGCAUUUUUAAGGUGGUAAGAUUUGAGUAGCAUAACUAUUGUGUAGUUUAAGUUAACAAUUUACAGAUUUUUGAACUGUAUGUUCAUUAUAUUGCACCUUCCCUAAAGGGACACUGUCUGGUAGUUUAAGGCAGUUUAAGCCUAAUGUAGGCUGAUUAACCAGGGAAAAACGCACUCACACACAACACACGUGUGUGUGUGUGUAUAUAUAUAUAUAUGUAUGUAUGUAUAUGUAUUUUUUAUAGGAUUGCAUACAUUCUUUUACAGCACUAUUGCUAGCUGAUAUUUUCAGAUGAAGCCAUCAGCUAUGAGAAAAGGCUGCACCUCAAGGGGCUAAGAUACACGCUGUCUUUUGAAGGGACUUGAGCAGGACACACGAGAGUCCCCACCUCUUCCCAAAACAUAGCAACAUUUUUCUUAACUUUUAUUGCUAGGAAGCCGAUUUCCCUCUCUCUCUUUUCCCUUACAGUAUCGCUAUUAAAGCACUAACUCUGCUUGGUACAGUUCAGGGAGAAAGCGUGUUUGUAACCCACAGCUUGCUUCCUACAUGGACAGGAAAUACAAUUUAUGUAAACUUCUCACUUAAUACUUUUGUGUAAGGAAACAGAUUAUGUUUUGAUUCAUUGACCCUGUGUAUGAUAUAAGGAAGGUGUUUCUGCAUGUUAUCACUUACCAGUAAUUUGGUCUGAAUAUUUGGCCCAGAGUUAAGAAGAAUUGAGCAUCAAGGGAGAAUAGUUAAUUCCUUAUGGAUUAUUAAUGAUACAUGUAAAGAAAUUUAUUUGAAAGAAUAUUUUCAAUUUGUUCCAUGUCUCUGUUUUUCUUCCUUUAUGAUCAGUUUGGGUUUUUUAAGUUCCGUUCUACUUUGCAUAGACACAAUAAAUAUGGCCCCUAUUCCCCAGGAAGCCACCUCUUGUUACGCAUGUUUCGUUUUCAUUGUUUCAUUUCCAUGACAUCUUAGCUUGUGCUGCCUGAAUAAUAAUACUGUGUUGACAUCUUUGUUCUAGUGCCCUGUUGUUGCAAGUAGGUGACCAUUAAUAGUACUAUUUGUUAAAUAUAACAAGCAGCAAAUGCCAAAAGAAGAAGAAAAAAAGCAGGAUUAUUACUGCAUUAGCCUGUUCCAACAGAGAGGUAAAAGGAAUAAAAAGCCUGCUUCUCCCUAAGCAGACUGACUCAGCUUUAUUAAAAAAAAAAAGAAAAAAAAGUUAUUGCAUUGAUCCUCUGCUGUGAAAAAGUGAUUGAGGAGUAGCAGGGAGUAACUAUCGCUCCAUGCCAUCUUCACACUUACGGAUUGCUGCUUGGGUACGUGAGUAAGCUCUUGUACGGAGGGAAGGAACUCGCUCUUCCCCAGAGCAAAAGGGGAAUCGUCUGAGAAAAUGUUACUCCUUAUGUCGCAGUUCAUUCUCUAGUCUGCUGCUGAGCCAUUACAGCUAUCCUCUGUGCCUUAGGACAGAUUGUGAAGUCCCAGCCUAGCCCACAGGGACUAUCUUGUAGGAUUCUCGCACAUGUACAAUUAAAGAGGUGGUGUGAAUACUUGAUCCGCUGAUGCUUGAAGCUUUCUGUGAUGGAGGAGCUAACCAAAAAUACUGCUAUAAUUUCCUGAGUACAUGGCCUUUUAUUCUGGAAAAACUGUAUGUAGUUCUGGAAGAUUUCUCUGUGUGAAAAGCUCUUGCUUUUUUUAAUAAUUACAUUAUUUAAUAACAUUUUCUACUGCUCUUAUUUUGCUGCUUCUAAUCUGCUACAGAUGCACAUUCUCUGUUUUGACCUGGUCAGUGUUUGUUAGUUUUCCAUGUAUGUCCAAAAGAGCCGGGAAAAAAAAAAAAGACUUGUUUUCUAUUCUGUUCUUGUACUGAUAUUGUUCAGUCGGUCAGCAUGAGUUUGGGGUUAGCAUUUAUAUUGCACAGAGCUAACAAUACAGGUUCUUUCUUAAAGGUCAUGCAGGCACCGUGUGUGUGUGCACAAUGGAAUUUUUUGUGGCUAUCUCCUAGUGAUAGAGCGAUGAUGAUUUCAAAAAAAAAAAGGAAAUUCAUAAUGUUUACUAUCAAACUAUAUAUAUACAUAUAUGUCUAUAUAUAUAGACACAUACUAAUAGGCCAUAUUUUGGACCUAAAUUACUUGACAGUGUCCCUUUUAGCAUGAGUCCUUUGGUAUGUUUUACCAUUAAUGUAACAGACAAUGAAGGAAUCAGCUUGUGAUGGUAUACUAAUAACCAGUUACGUUUUCUGCUUUUGAUUUGAGAAUGAAUUAACCAUACACGACAAGGUCUAGGGAGAAGGAUUAACAAUGUGUAUCUCUGUAUGUUGGUUUACAAAUAACAGCAUAAUUUAAAUUGGAUGAUAAAGGAAUUAUGUUUUAUGAUCUUGUGUCUCCUAGUAUGUCUUUAGGAAAAAGGUGUUUGAGGAAGAAAAUAGGACAACAAACUAUUCACAUGAAUUAACACUUGCAUUAUUUUUAUAUUGUACUUGUCAGUUUUUUGCGUGAAGGGAGCUUUUCAUUGUUAAUUGAGAAGUACAGUAAAAUCUUGCUAAUUCGCUGACUGCUAAUCCGAUCAGUUUAUACGUCCCCGAUGGUCUUGUCCCCACCUCUCUGCAACGUUCCAAAAAGUCCUGGAGCGAGGUCUCGUCUCAGUACUGUACUGCUUCACCCAAGUAUACUAUACAAUCCAUAUCAGUAUACUGGGAGGUACAAGGAACAUUGAAAACUAAAUUACAGUUGUCAAAAUAAAUGAACAAAGUACCUUUUGUGACGUGACAUCUUUGCUUUCAUUGCCUGCUUCUUCGCUCUUUUCAAAAUUGUCAUUCGUGAAGGGUUUCUAAGUCACUGCUGCGAAUUAUUGGGGUUCUACUGUAACUUUUGGAGUUUAUUCUAAAGUAUUCUUGUUCUCCUAUGAAAUCUUUCCACCUGGACCUAUACAUUAUAUUCCAUGCUUGUUCAGAAUAUUUUUAUGGUGUUUGUAUCCUAUGUAGUAACUUUGAAAUGAACCAGAAUAUUUGGAUGAAUUCGCUCUGCAUUUUGCAGUAUUGGAUUACUUUAUGUAUGCGUAUUUGCUAACUAAAUUUUCUUGGUUUUUGAGAGCUUUGAUUUUUAUUCUUCUUGUUUGCUUGUUUUAAUACCAUUACAAAUUGCAGGGAAAAUCCUAAUACUCCUGGGAAUACGUUUGGAAGUUUUAAUAGGCAGAAAUACGCUGUCGGUACCAGUAUACAUGUGAACUUUUAAAUUACAUGGUUGGUACCAAAGCAAGCUCAUGAUGUUACACUUUCCUAGUUUUAAAUGUUCUCCUGAGAUGAAGCCUUGUAACUUUGAAAGUUCAUUCAACUUGCGGUAAUGCAUGUUUAUGUUAGGCAUGUGAUGCAUUUAGCUAAAACUCACUUUGCAAAGGGCAAGUACUAAGAAAGUAUUACUUCUAAUGAAAAGAAAUGUCGUUAAGUUAAAAUUUAAACCUUUGUUCAAUUUUAAAUUGCUUUGUGUCAGGGAAAUACAUUUAUAGUCGCUUUUGCUCUACUCUGCUAAAGAACCUUAUGUUUCCUUUUUAAAAUUGUACCUUUUGGUAGGAAACACAAACUGAGGCAAGCAACAUUUCUAAGAGCUGUUUCUUGCUUUCCUUAAUCCAAUGGAUGGAAAGGUAAUAUUGUGUAAACAACAUUAUUUUAUUUUUUUAUGCAAUAUCAUGCUGUAAAUAUGAUUUAUCAAAUAAGGAUGUACUUAUGAUUGAAUCUUUGAUUCUGCACAGUUAGAGUUUAUAUAUAAAUAUAAAUGUGUCUUGACAAUCAAGGACUUAUGUCAGUCUUCCUUUAUGAUGUUUAUUAUUGUUAUGCAUUCCAUUUGUUUGAAUUGAGUACCAAUGUGGAAAUUUGUAUUGUCUGUAAAGUAUGUAAUGUUUUUUAUAGCUUGUUUAAAGAAGAAAGAAAAAAACCUGUAAAUACAUACGAACUGAACACAGUACCGCUCUGUUAGAAGGCAUACGAUGUUGUACUGUUUGUAAGCAAUAAUACAUGACAGUGCUAACUUUACAAGUAGCAUAAGGAUAAGUUCCAAAAAUACCUUUGGGAGUUAUUAGCCUUGAGUUAAUGAAUAUUCUUAAUCAUUUUUUAUAAAUAAAUUGAAACGUCCUCCUGCUGGAGUAUAUAACAUUGUUUACACAGCACAAUUUCAGACACAGAGGGGACAGUCUUUAGAUCUAUGGCUUCAUCCGUGCACACUUUGAGUAAGAAAUGAAUGGCUUGGCUGCACUUCUGCAAGAGGAGGAAGACUGCAAAAGUUGAAUAGCUGUGUCUCUAAAGGAUGAGAGAUACUAUUCUGCUUCUGUGCUGAUUCCUGACAAGUCCUCUACUUAAAUUUGGAGUCUUUAAGUUCUGAUAUUGAACUGAUGAGACUUGGGCCUCCAGUAGAAAGGAGUAGCUCUCUUCGUAUUUCAUAUGCAGAUAAGCAGUGAACUUACAAGUCACACGUUCAUUUGAGUUGCGUAUUUUUCAAAUUAUGAGCUACGAGAUGAGUUUAUUCUGAUAAAUCAACGUCAAACUUAUAGUUUGAAUUGAAUAGGUAUUAGACUGUACAGAGCAGCGAAACUAUUUGAACACAGUCAUCACUGCUUUAGAACCCCCCCAUCCCCAAUUUAUAAAUGUAUAUGACCUACAUUUUAUAGAAAAAAAAUGUUUUUAAAUGCUAGUCAUUUAUAUAAUAUGUGCUUUGAAGGAUUUGCUAGUCCACUUCUGUCACUUUUAGUACACUGGUAUCUUUUAUAUGUAAUGUAUGCUUUUUAUUAUUAUUGUAGUAAAGCAUUUCAGUAGGAGGAAUUUUGCAACAGUAUGAGGGGUUGAAAUUUUCAUUGUCAGAAAUGAAUUAUACUGGACUUUGUCUGUGUAGUCUUGUCUUUCUUUUAAUGCUGUCUGGAAGGCAACUUGGAAUAUUCAAUAAAGCAAGUGACCUCCUUUUCUUUUGAAGGCAUACUAUGUAGUGCUGAAUUGGAUCUGGAAACACGAUGAAUUUGAAGACAGAAAUUAAUACAAAAUCUAGUGUACAGAAGAAGUUGUGUUAUGAAAAACCUGAUGAUAUAUAUAGUGGAACACUGUUACAGUGCAUUUUCUGAUAUAGUGUUAUUUUGCUGAAGUCCAUAUGCCUUCUUUGUAUUUCAACUAUUAAAAAAAAUCCAUGUGGAUAAAUUUAGGAUAAUAGGUUUAUAUCAAUAAUUAUACAAUAUUUCUUUAUCCUACAACAUCUAUUCCGUCCCUUUAUUAGUAGGCAAAAGAUCGUAACCUGAAUUCCGUCAAUAAAAGUAUGUAUAUAAAUAGAGAUGGUUUUGUAGGAACCUGAAGAGUGUGAAAGUUGUAUAUUCCUUAUGUUUCUGACAGAAAUCAGUACAGGAGUCUGUCUUUAUACCUGUGAAAUGAGGAACUUCCUGAUAAAAAGUGUGUGUGUGUGUGUGUGUGUACGUACGCGAAAGAUGCUUGGGUCUCAUGGCAAAAAUGAUACAAGUUAUAAAAGGAUUUAAUGUAGCUCAACACCUGACAUUUAAUACGUGAAAGAAACAUAUAGAUUUCAUAAUUCAGAAAGACAAUAGUUUUGCAGGAAACAAAACUAUUUGGGUAGCAGGCUUGACCAAAUGAAUUUUUUGGUUAAACUUGAUAUAUUUUAAAUGAUUCUAUUUCUGCCUUUAUUUCUGCCCUAAAAGCAACUUAAAAAUAUUUUGGGAGUUAUUCUAUCUGUUCAUUUGACUGUGAGUGUAAUUUAUAUCAUGGUUUACAAAACGUGGCAUGAAGGAUUGGAUUGUUUUAUCUGUAUAAUACAAUGAAAGAUUGCUUUUUUUACAUAAUCAUGGUGAAUGGUAUUGUAUUAUUAGGAUUGAUUUAUUCAUUAAGUGACUUAAUGAGUUCCAUCACUUUUGACAUUACUGUUUUCUUAUGAUUAACUUAGUCACUUUGGGUUUAUAAUACCCUCCUAUGUAUUGUGAUACUAAGGGAAGUUAUGUUUUUGCUUUAUUUUUAAUUAAACUAAUAGUUUGAUAAUUUAUAUUUGCAAAUGAUGCAUUUUAAAUGUGGUCACUUGCUGUUUGAAAAAUAAAAAUAUAGAAUACUGUUUUAUGAAUAGACUUAGCAGUAUUUUUCAUGUUAGGUGAUUUCAAAUAAA